AUGUUGCUUUUGGAUUUGUUUGUUAAGGAAUGUUAUAUUGCUUUUGUUGGAAAUUUGGCUGGACCUUAUGUGAGGCGAUCUGUUUGGGUAAUGAAAAUCACUGAUGCAGGAGCUGACAUAGACCGAAUUAGAGUUCAAGGGAAGAAAGAAGUUGAUGCAUGUUUUGAAAUUAAAAAUUCUCUGGUGCAAAAGAACUACAACAUCCCUCUGGUGGCAAACAUUCAUUUUGCUCCUUUUGUUACACUUCGAGUGGCGGAGUGCUUUGACAAAAUAUGUGUCAAUCCUGGAAACUUUGCUAACAGGCGAGCCCAGUUUGAGCAAUUAGGUACACACAUGAUGACUAUCAGAAAGAACUCGGGCAUAUUGAGGAGGUCAGACUAUCUUGCACUUGUUGACUAUAGCAUUUUUUUUCAACUGAUAAUACAUGUAAAAAUAAUUAUUUGCCCUGCUUUAGAUGAUACUUAAGAAGUCAUUAACAUGGUGUAAGGUGUUGGUCCUGCAAGUUGGAAUGUCUUUUAACAGGUGUUUCAUCGUGAAUGCUCGAGAGAUUGAUCACAGCGACAACUACAUCCCCUAUUGUAGAAAUUAUAAAUAUUAUCCAUACUAAUGUAAAUAGACAACAAUCACUAUCAGAUAUAAAUAUGAGCAUCCAGUAGUA